AUGACUAAACAAAUUCAUGAACAAUUAAUAAAUUUAAUUGAUAAUCAAUCAUUAGAAGAAUUUAUUUCUUUAUAUUCAAAACAUUCAUCUUUACUUAAAUCAUAUCAACAUACGGAACUUCUAUUUCGUUCUUGUCGUUUGGGUUUAUUAUCAUUUGUAGAAUAUAUACUAAAUUCAAAGCUGAUUGAUAUCAAUUGUUCACAUCCAUCAACAGGUUAUCCACUUUUAUUUAUUUCCAUUCGAUCACAGAAACAUGAUAUUAUCAAAUAUAUUAUUCAACAAACAAAUGCUAAUAUUAAUUGGUCUUGCCAGAACAAUGGAAUAACAUGUCUUAAUGAAGCAAUACGACAGUCGGAUUAUUCAACAGUUAUGCUUCUUCUUGAACAGGGUUGUAUAAUUAAUCGAAGUCAUUUAUUUGGCACUAUCAUCGAAUGUUUUCGUCAAAGAGAUAAAAAUAUGCAUCCAUUAAUAAUACUCGAUGAAUUAAUUAAUCGUUGUCCUAAACUAAUUAAUGAAAUAGAUCGAGAACAAGUGACUCAAUUCAUUCUUAAUCGAUCUCAUUAUUUAUUAUCAAACUCAAACUCUGUUGUUUGUUCGCUUCUUGAAAAAUUUUCAUUAAAUAUCAAUUAUGAUUUAGUAAACGAGAUUUCGUUGAUGUCUAUGAAACAAAAUAAGAAAGUUCAUCGAACACAAGUGGGAAUAAUUGGUUGUGGACCAUCUGGAUUAUUGUUAGGUGCAUUAUUAUUUCGAUCAGGUAUUGAUUCAAUUAUAAUUGAAGAACAAUCUCGUUCAGAUGUUGAAUCAAAUACCCGUGCAGGUGUUCUUGAACAAUCAACAAUUGAUUUACUUGAUGAAGUUGAUAUUAAUGAACGAGUUCUAAAAGAAGGAAUUAUACAACGUUGUAUAAAUAUACAAUUUAAUGGUGAAAGAAUUAGUGUACCAAUAACAGAAUAUACCGAAGGAAAAGUUUCAACAUUUUAUAGUCAAAAUCUUGUUGUACAAGAUUUAAUCGAAUCACGGUUAAAAACAAAUCAAAGGCUUUGGUUCGAUAUUGAAUAUGCUAGAAUUGAACGACAUGAUAAAACAGAUGAUGGUCAACGUCCUUUAAUUAAGUUUCGUCGUCGAAAUAGUAACAAAGAAGAAUUGAUUGAAUGUGACUUUAUAGCUGGAUGUGAUGGAGGAGCAAGUAAAUGUUGUCGUCAUUCAAUUCCAAAAGAUGAAAUUCGUACAAUUAGAAAAAGUUAUCCAUAUUCAUGGUUAAGUAUUCUUGUUGAUAGUCCACCUAAUGGACACGAAGUAGUCUAUAGUUUUGAUAAAACAAAUGGUUUUGCUCUUCAUAGUCUUCGUUCUCCAACAAAGAGCCGUUAUCACUUACAAGUUUCUGUUGAUGAUAAAUUAGAAGAUUGGCCAGAUGAAAGAAUUUGGUCACAGUUGAACAAACGAUUAACAUUGAAAGAUAAAUCUUGGAAAUUAAAUGAAGGAGCAAUUAUUCAUCGAGCAUUAUUUUCAACAAGAACUUCAAUGACAAUUCCAAUGCAAUACAAACGUUUAUUUUUAGUUGGUGAUGCUGCUCAUAUCGUUCCUCCAACUGCUGCUAAAGGUCUUAAUGUUGCCGUUAAAGAUGCUCGAAUAUUAGCUGAAGCAAUUAUUGAUGUGUAUGAUAACAAUACAUUCGAUAAAUUAAACAAUUAUACAGAUAAAUGUCUGAUACAUAUAUCUGAAGCUGUAGAAUUUGCUAUUUAUAUGACAUCACUUUUACAUAAAUUAGAUUUAUCAAAUGAAAAUAAUGAGAUUAAUGAAUUUGACGAGAUUUUACAACGAGCACGACAAUAUCAAUUUCAGCAUUCAAGUGCUUUACGACGUCAUAUUGCGCAAAUGUUUGUCAGCUAA